GGUUUUGCUACGAGACAAAACUUUCCAUAAACCAGAGGUGUUAAACUCAGUUUUGGGUCAGGGUCCACAUACAGCUCUAAUUACCUAUAAAUGAUAAUACGUCCAUGUUUUUCCCUCUUUUCAUUCUAAGAAGUACAAGUGUAUUAGAAAGUAUUCAUAUUUGAUGAAACAUCAGUUAACAAAACAUCAUGAACAUGAAGCGUUUUGAGCAUUUUUCUGAUUUCAAAAUGUAUCUAGAGGGCCGAAUUGAACCGCCUCGCGGGCCGGUUUUGGUCCACGGGCCGCAUGUUUGCCACCCCUACCUUAACUUAUUACACGCUAUAAGUUUACAUCACAACAACUUCAUUGUUGUUUUAACGCUCACUUUCCAAUCAAAUGCACGAACGCUGACGUCACCCCUCGCGUAUUCCCUGUGCAGCGGCAUUCCCAGAAAACUGUGCGUGUCUGAUGUGGGAGGAGAGGAUGCGCUGGCUCUGACCGUCAGGCUCCUUGUGAUUGGUCACCUCCGCGUAAGAGCAGAUGCGCGAAGCCGAUCGCCUUUAAACGGCAGCGGGGCAGAGGUGCUCAGACAAUCACAAUCACACCGGCCGGUCACACGGAUCCCCAUCGUCGGGCAACAGAACCGAGCCGAGCCACGAAAAGAAGCAGUGCGCACGGUUGAACUCUAAAAGCGCAGAGGGCAGAUUACGCACGGAGCCAUGGCUGUGCCGAGCGCGCGACAAGUUUUCCUGCUGUGUUUCCUCUGGUUUCUUGGAUGCGGACGCUCAACAACAGAUGCCAGUCUGUAUGAUGACCUGGAAGAAAGACUACUGUUGAAUAAGCUGCUGCGCAGCGUCAGGAGUGAUGACGUGAGUGACGUGGAGUUGAGGGACCAAGAAGAGGAACAAGUGCAGAAUGUUUUCAAACGAUUUCUUUUCCACUACUCCAAAGCUCGCGACUCUCUCGGAGCCAUACAGCACGAGUCUCACUCUGUUCACCCGCUGAUGCGACUUUUGCCAAAACUUUCACAGAGGAGAAAGGUGCUGCUUCUGGUGAGAGAACAAAACGUCAAACAUUGAAUGUGAAUGUAUUUACAGUGCGGCUACUUCUAAGUUUUUCUAAGUGUUUUUGCAUUCUUUAGGGUACACUUCCAUUGCUAGCCUUUAUCACCCUAACCUGCUCGGUUUUUGAACCGUUUUAUCCCGACACAGAAGAUCUGAUGCCAGAAGACAACGCUCCAGUAAAAGAAGAAUCUGAUGAACAGACUUAGCAAACAAUGAGGCAACAACAGCAAGAAGCUUUGAUCUGGAAAAGCCUGAUGGACGUUUUGGGUACUGCAUCACCAAAAUGACUUUUUUGCCAAAUGA